AUUUAGUGGUAAAUUCAAAUGUUCAAAAUCGAUUCGAACUUUUUUUCGACUUUUCCAAUGAGAAACAAUCAACAUUUUCGAUCCUCUAUUUGUUCAGUGUUCCUCAUCCCAUAAGCAUCGUUUUGACCUUAGAUUGAUAGACAUUCACCAAGAGAUUUGUCCAGAGAUUAAAGAUAAAGGGACUUUCUGUCAAAUGUCACAAUUAAAACGUCCGUUGGUUCAGAUGAUUGUAUUGAUAGUAUUUGAUGAGAUUAGACAAUUUACCAAAAUGUUAAAUCGCGUUAAGUUUUUUCUCUCUUCUUUUCCAACAAUUAAUACCAAUUCCAAUCAAAUUAAAUGAGAUAAUAACUGAAUAAAAUAUUACAUGAAAAAUAGAUUGAUGUUGAUGACGAGCAAAUAGAUAAGCAAUUAAGUGCCAUCAAUACUUGUUAAUAGUGUCGGUAGUUAAUCAAUAAAGUAAAUCUAAUCAAAAUUGAGAUGAAGAAGCUCAAGCUAAUUGAAUGAAAUAUAUGAAAAUAUUAAUUACAAUUGAAGAAAAGGCUGAUUAAUGAGAAAGAAAGAAAAAUACAAUUAGUUACUUACCUAAACACACCUUAACCUUGUUUGUUAAUUGUCUCAACGAUUAAUUGAAUUAACGUAUGACCUGAAUAUUUUUUCUUCUUCUUCUUCUCUUGUCAUUUAACUAAUAAUUAUCUUCGUAACAAUUUGUUAAUCAUGUUUCUCAAUGGAAAGAAAAGUUUACUUUCAGUGGAUAUUUUGUUUUCUUUCAUUGUUUUCAUACUCAUUUCAAGUUCAUUGGAAACGACGACAUUUGAUCGGCCACCGCUUUGGAAUCGAAGUGACCCGAUCUUGGACUCUAAUCGAGAUGUCGAGAUUUUAACUGCUUUUAUCCUAGUCAGGGGACAUAUUGUGAUCGGACCGGAAUCGGAAAUGGAUUUGGAUUCAACGGUUUUGGACAAGUUAAUUACUCAUUUGUACAAAUUGCAACGACGAUCACUUUCACCUUCCGGUUUGAUGCUUUACCCAGCGAUGGAGGAGCGCGAUUUGGGCUGUGAAUCUUUACCCUCGCCGGUUAGUUCACUUUGUUCCGCUGUUACGAAAGAGUGUCUUUCGGCUGCCGAUAUGAUAUCGAUGAUGCCCAAGAAAAUUGUCUCUCUUCACCAAGCGUUAACUCGUCUCUGUCCAUUGAUCUUAUUUCGUCAAACUCGAGUUCUUUGUGAAGUUGUAGAUUCUCAUGCUGAAGAAUUAUUGUCGGCCUCAAAGAAGCCCAUUCUAGUUGAACCUUCUUCGGAAAAAGUUUGGGCUUUUGCGAUUCUAUUUGUAACUUUGUCCAUCGUUGUUUCCAUGGGUGGAUUGAUUCUCCUUCCAUUUCUACAUCGUGAUCAUCGACGUACUAUUCUGACUCUUUUCGAAGGCUUAGCAGCCGGAGGAUUAGCGGGAUCAGCGGUUCUUCAUUUGUUCCCUCAAGCUUUUGGAAUAGCUGAUGACGAUUAUCGUAAAUAUUUUUGGAAAACUUUUCUUAUCUUUGCCGGAAUUUACAGUUUCUACAUAAUCGAACGGCUUUUGAAGCUAGUCCUAUGUCUCAAAACCAGGCACGGCUCUCGGGGUAGACGUCGACGUAACUCAUCAUUCCGUGACGAAAUCGAUCCGAUUAGUUUAUUGUCAAGAUCAGCGACGCUUGGAUCACCUCCAGGUCUUGCAUCAGGUGUACCAAGAUGCUUUGAUUCACCAAACACCGAGACUGAAAUACUUGAGACUUUAUUUACCUCACCAACCGCUCACACGGACUCACCAAAAUUUCAAAUGGAUGCGAAACUUGCAACGAUUCGUGAUCCAAUCACGUUAAAAAGUAUCACAGUCCAAGACAUGGGUCCAGCAAGCGACCUUGCCGUUGUAGCCGCAGCUUCAGUUGGUGGGUCAGUUGCCGUUGCGGGUAAUCUGGUUCCCGGUUCAUCUUCGUUAGCGACCGAUAUCGAUACAAUUUUACGAAAACAAGCAUUCGUUUCCGAUAUGGCUGGAAGGAGAAAAGAUCAGUACACUUCGACUCGAGCGAUUAUCGAUGCUGCUGCUUGGAUGAUUGUUCUUGGAGAUGCAUCACUUAACUUCAUCGAUGGCCUUUCGAUUGGUGCUGCAUUCGAUCGUAAUAUACUAGCAGGUAUCUCGAUCUCAGUGGCUGUCAUGUUAGAAGAGGUUCCUCAUCGUCUAGGAACUUUCGCCGUUCUAAUCAGAGCGGGAAUGGAAAUGAAACAAGGCUUUUUCUGGAUCUUCGUCUCCGCCUGUACACUUUAUCCUGGUCUGAUUUUGGGAAUUUUCCUCGGUGAUGCCGCUGAAGAGGAAUCGCCUUACAUAUUUGCUCUCGCCGGCGGUAUGUUCUUAUACAUGGCUCUAGUCGAUGUUAUGAGAGAGAUGAAUCGAUCCAUGGAAAACGCCAUUAGGAAAGGAAUUAAAUCUUCAUUGCAAAUUUUGGCUCUUCAAAAUGCCGGGAUUGCGAUCGCCAUCUUAUGCUUAUCGGUUUUAGCUCUUUACGAGAAAGAUAUGGACUUCGAAGCGGUCGAAAUUGAAGAGUUGACUCAAAAUGCUCUACAAUGAUCAUAAAUUUCCGCACAACAAUCAAAUCGAAAAAAAAUUACGAAUAUUUUGUGUCAUCAAAUCAACUUGACCAUCGAACCAAAUAUUUGGGUUAUUCACCAUAAGGUUAAUUGAUGAUGAUCGAGAUGUUUAAUUUAAUUGUAAAAAAACGAAUCAACAAACUAAUUACCAAUCAUCAUUUGGUAAAAUCGAUCAAUGAAAAGUUAUCUUUUUGCUGAAUCGAGUUCUGGUCAAGUUUCUCUGGACGAUUCUUGAUUUUAAUCAUAUUCCAAACAAUCAAUUUACUGUUGGUUGGAAAAGAUUAAUUUAAUUUGUAUUUUAUUUUUGUAAUUUGAUUAUUAAAUUAAUAACAAUUAUCUUUGAGUUUGUUUUCAAA